AUUCUCUCACUUCUCCUCCUCUAUCAGCAUAUCUCCAGCAGCCAAGUGGGAUACAACAACGGCUCCACCAUGAAGAGCCAAUACCCUCCAGUUGUGUUCAAGUUCGAAGCUGAACCAGACGUAUUUAUGCAAUCCCAACCCUCGACAGAUCCCUCGGAUUUCGAUAAUACUGCGCAGAACUUUGGCCUCAUCCAUCGCGAGUACCCUACGGAUGACACUGCCGAGCCUGCUGGUUUGACCGAUUGGCAACGAUUCCUCCGCUAUGUCCGACAUCUCGAAACCACAUCUGCCAAGAGUACCACCUACAAGCUUCUCUACCUCGGCCGACACGGAGAGGGCUUCCACAACGUCGCUGAGGCUUACUACGGCACCAAGGCGUGGGAUGACUAUUGGUCAAAGCUGGACGGCAACGGGACCAUUUUCUGGUUUGAUGCACAUCUGACAGAGAUUGGCAAAGGUCAAGCUCGUGCUGCAGGAGCCUUCAUGAAAGCUCAGAUGGCCGAAGACAAAAUGAUGCCUGCUCCAGACUCGUACUAUACAUCACCAAUGUACCGCUGCCUGCAGACUGCAAGUCUCACGUGGAGCGAUAUCCCCCUCCCGGCGGACAAGCCUUUCAAGCCGUUGAUCAAGGAACUGGUGCGAGAAGUGCUCGGUGAGCAUACGUGCGACAAACGCAGCACGCGGACUGUUAUCCACCAAGCCUUUCCCGACUUCCCCAUCGAGGAUGGCUUUGCAGAGGAGGAUGAGUUGUGGCGCGCCGACCAUCGCGAAACGCACGAGGAGCAUGACGCCCGCAACCAGGCUUUACUAGACGACAUUUUCGCCCACGAUGACCACGAAGUCCUCUCGUUGACCAGCCACAGUGGCACCAUCGCAAGCAUCUUGCGUGUACUCGGCCACCGUGAAUUCAAAUUGCCCACAGGCGGCAUGAUUCCCGUUUUGGUAAAAGCCACGAGAGUUGGCUCGUAGCAUUUCAGGGGGGCCUGACACACGUUCUCCUCGCGAGCGACCUUGACCUGAGGAGUGGAGAGAUUACCUGAACACAGUCGGAACUAUAUUAUGCACGCCGCCAAAUCAGCGUACGACACAUUUUCGAGACCUCGAGCUAUACCUACCUACCUACCUACCUUAGCAUCUGAUCGAGUACUGCAAAAGCUAUAUGCGAUGCUACCUUACUUUCCAAAACCUGCUCCAGGAUCGAGACUUUUCAAACCUUUCCAUUUCAAACUACCUGCGACUUACAUACUCUCUACUUCCACUACGCGCUUCGUAGCAGGUGCCGCAAGAGAUCCUUUUUCAAUAUAUUUUAGGCAGGUAGGCAGGUAAGUAAGUAGGUAGAAGAAUAGAAACUCGAAACUCGAAGCUUG